AUGGCAGUGCUGAAGAUGAAGUUCACCCAGCAGAGGCGGGUGCGACUUGCCCAGGGACUCUGGCUGCUCUCCUGGCUAGCAGUGACGUGUGGGGCCUUCAUUUUUUCCCUGGGGGUUUAUAUCAAGAUAGAGCUGCUUCGUAGAGAUGAGGUGAUGGAGAACAAAGAGAUCCAUUGUGUACCCAACCUCCUAAUGAUGGUGGGUCUGGCCUCCAUCGGCGCCAACUGGGUUGCCAGUCGAGUGUGUCAGGACUCCCUGGAUGCCAGCCGCUUCCCGCGCUGGAAGGUGCUGUUGCUGCUCUGGUUUGCCGUGGCUGCGCUGCUGUGCUGCCUGCUUCUUACUGUGGUGAUCCUCAGUUAUGCCCUACAGGGGCGGCUGGAAGAGUCGCUGAAGGUUGGGCUGAGGAACGGCAUCCGGUUCUACAAGGACACGGACGUCCCUGGCCGCUGCUUUCAAAAGGAGACCAUUGAUCGCCUCCAGAUGGAGUUUCGCUGCUGCGGAAACAACAACUUCAAGGACUGGUUCGAGGUUCAGUGGGUCAGCAACCGAUACCUGGAUUUCACUUCCCAGGAAGUAAAGGACCGUAUCCGGAGUAAUGUGGAUGGUCGUUACCUGUUGGAUGGCGUUCCUUUUAGCUGCUGCAACCCAGCCUCCCCGCGUCCUUGCCUGCAGCGACACCUGACAGAUAGCAGGGCCCACUACAACUACGAAUACCAAUCAGAGGAGCUCAACCUGUACAGCCGUGGCUGCAGACAGGCCUUGACUGACUACUACAUGAGUUUGAUGAACUCAACCGGUCCUGGCGUGCUGUCAGUCAUCCUAAUCCAGAUCUCUGUGCUCCUGAGCAUGCGCUACCUGCAGACAGCUGUGGAAGGGGCCAUGGCUCUAGAGUCACCAGAGGGUGAAAGUGAGGGCUACAUCCUGGAGAAGGGCGUGAAGGAAACCUACGCCGACAUGAAAGCAAAGGCUGUCGAGCUCUUAAAAUUCGCUCAAGUUGAUCCAGCUUCAGAUGGUGAAGGGGGUGAGGAGGGGGAAAAAGAAGCUGAUGCUACGGAAAAAGCCGCCACUCCAACUCCAGCCAGCUAGAACAGGCAAAAAAAGAAAUCAAAGUGAGAUAAGAAGGAAGAGAGGGAGGGUGUGUGUCAAUGUUUUCUCUAUUUAUUUCCAUUUUUGGUUGUGUGACUUGGGUGGAAGCAGGAGGAACACCUGUUUUAAAACAGGCUGGAUUUGUGAUCCAUCUUUAAAGCAGCUGCAGCUCCCAUGAACAUGACCAGAACAC